CGCGCUGAUUUAUAGCUGUUUGUUCACAUGUGUCCAGGAGGAGAUGAAGUACAUUGGAUCCUGCAUAGUUUGGCUUUGUAUGGCAGUCUUCCUCCUUCCUGUUUCUACUUCUGUGGCUGUCAGUGACCAGACAGGUGCUGUGUGUCCUUUAAUGAAAACAGCUGCCCAUCAUCUCAAACAAAUCAACAGAGACAGUCGUGGUGUAUCAGGGUUUGAUCUGGCAGAAAGCUUUUCUUUAAGGCAAACAUCUUGUGGUGGGGAAAAGAUUUGCUUUAAACUGGGAAGUGCACCUCUCAUUAGAGAUACAAGGCAAGUAUUUCCAAAUGGGCUUCCUGAAGAAUACUCUCUGGUUGCUACAUUCCGUGUACGGCGAAAUACCAAGAAAGAGCGUUGGUAUAUAUGGCAAGUUUUAAAUCAGUAUGACACACCUGAGAUCUCUGUCCUCCUGGAUGGUACAAAAAAGGUGGUGGAGUAUAUGACCAAAUCCUCUCAGGGAAAUAUACUGCACUACACUUUUAAGAGUCGAGAAAUUUAUCCGUUGUUUGAUCGGCAGUGGCAUAAGCUUGGUAUUAGCGUGCAGUCAGGGAUCAUUUCCCUCUAUUUGGAUUGUAAUUUAAUUGAGAGAAAGCAGACUGAUGAAAAAUUCACCAUUGACUUGCAGGGAAGGACACUGAUUGCUUCUCGUGCUGCAGAUGAUAAGCCUGUAGAUAUUGAACUUCACCACAUAGCAGUUUAUUGUAAUUCACAACUUGCAACAGAAGAUACAUGUUGUGAAAUAUCUGCAGACUUGUGCCCCCAUGAGGAGAGGUUACUAGCUACAACUUCGUCACCAGUGUCUGUUCAUGCCAGCAAAAUAUACACACUUCCAGGGAUGCAGCAAGAAUCUACACAGAGAUGCUACUGCAUUCCAAAUAAAGGAGAAGCAGGAUUGCCAGGAGUAGCUGGUUUGCCAGGCCACAAAGGAGAGAAAGGUGAAAAGGGUGAGAUGGGUGUGAAAGGACCAGACGGUGUUGCAGGUCUGCCUGGUGAAAAGGGUGAACGUGGCUUUCCAGGUAAUAAAGGUGAAGAAGGUGAAAAGGGUGAAAAAGGAGAUAAAGGAGAACCAGGACCAGAAGGCCUUCCUGGAACAGAGGGACUAAAAGGCGACCCUGGUAGUCCUGGUGCAGAUGGUCCAAAAGGAGAAAAGGGAGAUGCAGGACCUCCAGGACCAGCCACCUUAAGUGGUUUGCUGGAGGGUCCCCAAGGUCCACCUGGCAAAGAAGGUCAAAGGGGGAGACGAGGCAAACCAGGCCUUCCAGGAAAACCGGGGCCACCAGGACCUCCUGGCCCAUCUGGACUAAAAGGAAUCCUGGAUUCAUUGAACAAACAUUAUAAUGAGAGUGAUGCAAGACUACUAAGAGAACUUGGGACCCUUGGACUUAAAGGCCAGAAAGGAGACAUUGGUCAAAAAGGAGACUUGGGAAUGACUGGUGCAAAAGGAGAAAAGGGAGAGCCUUCUGUAAAAGGGGACAAAGGAGACCCAGGAGAGACUGGACUGGAGGGAUCAAAAGGAAAUAAGGGUGAAAUUGGAGAUCCUGGACCACCUGGUCUUAUUGGAAAUCCAGGAUCAAAGGGACUGCAAGGCCCUCCAGGACCUGUUGGACCCAGGGGACUGCCAGGAGAAGCUGGCUUACCAGGAGAUCCUGGGGUACCAGGAAACCCAGGAAUUAAAGGAGACAAGGGUGACCCUGGUGGAAUUAUGGGACCACCUGGACAUCCAGGUCCAAAAGGUGAUAUGGGGCCUCCUGGACCAAGUCUGCCUGGAACACCAGGUCCAACUGGUGUUCCUGGAAACCCAGGUCCAAGAGGGCCAAAGGGAGAAAGAGGCCUACCUGGUGUACAGGGAGCACCUGGGGAGAUGGGGCCCCCUGGAAUAGGCAUUCAAGGAUCACCAGGUCCUAUAGGUCCAACUGGAUCAGCAGGUGUGCAGGGCCCUAGGGGACCUCCAGGAUUGCCAGGAGCUCCAGGUACCCCUGGUAUUAAUGGCACUCCAGGAAGAGAUGGAAAGCCAGGACUACCAGGCCCUCCAGGUGAUCCUGUUGCACUUCCACUUGUGGGAGAUAUGGGUGCUAUACUGAAGGGUGAUCCUGGCACAAGAGGUCCUCCAGGCAUUCCUGGAAGAGAAGGACCAAAAGGAAGCAAAGGUGAACGUGGAUUUCCUGGGCUUGUGGGGGAAAAGGGUGAUGAGGGUCUUCAAGGUGCUCCUGGACUGCCAGGUAUAUCAGGACCCAGUGGCCCAUCCGGAGUUCCAGGAAGACCUGGACAUCCCGGUCCAGCUGGAGCAAAAGGAGAAAAGGGUAGUGAAGGUUCUCCUGGGAAACCUGGACCACCUGGGCCUCCGGGUAUGCCUUACAAUGAAAGAAAUGGAAUGAGCAGCUUAUAUAAACUGCAGGGGGGAGUGAGUGUCGCGAGUUAUCCAGGUCCACCAGGACCUCCGGGUCCAAAAGGAGAUCCUGGAACAGUGGGAGACCCAGGACCAAUGGGAUUACCAGGACUGGAAGGACUCCCAGGGGAAAAGGGUGACCGUGGACCAGCUGGAGCACCGGGAGUGUCAGGGACACCGGGAAAGCCCGGAUCUCCUGGGUCCCCAGGGUUGCCGGGAGAACCUGGUGAAAGAGGACCUAUAGGAGAUAUAGGCUUCCCUGGUCCAGAAGGGCCACAAGGAAAACCAGGAAUCAAUGGAAAAGAUGGAUUGCCAGGUCCUCCGGGUGCUGUGGGGAGACCAGGAGACAGAGGACCCAAAGGAGAACGUGGAGAUCAGGGUAUUCCAGGGGACAGAGGCCCACAGGGUGAACGAGGGAAACCUGGCCCAUCAGGAGAAAAGGGGGAUGUGGGUCCUGUUGGCCCUCCAGGAGACAGAGGCUAUCCAGGAUCACCAGGUCACCAAGGUCCCCCAGGUUCACCAGGACCCCCAGGAUUUUCAGUUGAUGCAAUUUCACUUGAAGAAAUAAAAAAAUAUAUCAAACAAGAGGUUCUUAAGGUGUUUGAAGAAAGGAUGGCUCAAUUUGUAUCCCAGAUGAAGCUGCCUGCUGCAAUGCUUGCCUCCCAAGCUCAUGGAAAACCAGGGCCCCCAGGAAAAGAUGGGUCACCAGGACCACCAGGAAAGGAUGGUUUGCCAGGGCCACCAGGAGAACGUGGAAUUCAAGGUUAUAGAGGACAGAAAGGGGAAAGAGGCGAGCCUGGAAUUGGACUGCCUGGUAAUCCUGGACCACCUGGCCCUGCAGCUGCUGGCCUGCCAGGCCCACCAGGAGCAUCAGGCUCGCCGGGACCGCAGGGGCCGCCCGGACCCAACGGGAGGUGCAAUCCGGCAGAUUGCUACUACCACGUGUCGCAGACUCGCUCACGCACCAGCAGGAAAUAAAAACCCUCUCCCCCAGACACUUGGGUUCACGGUCACUUUUCACUCUUUCCAAUAAGUUAAUUUAAUUUUUGAAAUAUUUGGUGCAUUUUUUUUUCUUCUCUCGACACUGCAUGGCGUAUAGAUAAUUUGUAAGGCACAAAAUUGAGCCUUUUUCUAGGUUAUUUGCAGUGUCUUAAUGAUGACAUGAUGUCAUAUAUUUUCCAGAGUGCAUUCCAUGUGUUGUUUCUCAUAUUUAUUUUGCUUAGGACAGAAAAUAGGCCCAAAUAAUUUUCAUAAACUUCUUUUAUCUUCAAACAAAAAAUAUUUUAUUAUAACUUAAGGCAUUAUAUAUGCCUCCAUAUGUAAGCUGGCUUUAUUUUUCUUGCUGGUGGUGAAUUUUAAAUGGAAAAAAUACAUUUCUGAAGUUACAAAGCGUACUCAUUUAUGGCAAACACAGGACCUGAGCUGGAGCACUGGGAACUCCGUUUAGACUAAACAUUGAUGUCCCUCAAGGAGGCUCCAGCACACCUUCCAAAAACAGUCUGCCGUGCUCCAGGAAUGCUGCCCACCACUUCACAGUCACAUCCAAGAUGGCAAAGAAGGAAACAAAGAUGCAUUUAUGGUCUCCUUAUCCCAUCCAACAAUGAGCUUCAACCUGACUGGAAAAUCAUCAGGUGCAGCUUCAGGAAGUGUCUCUCCUGACUGGAUUUUGUCCCAGCUGGGGGCUUGUAUGUUCCUUUAGUCGUGGUUACACCUACCCCAGAUGUUAACGGCAGGAGGCUGCUGACAGUGUUCUGGACUGAGAGCUGGCACACGUUCUAACCAUUAUGUGGACUGAGUAAGGGUACUAAGGCCUGGAAUCAAGCUACUCUGCAUUAAGUCUGCCUACAGCAAAGGUGACCCCUUUCUUUAGAGCAGAGUCUGGUGAGUACAUAGUCCAAGAAUGGAACUUUACAAAUCUCUAAUCUUGGUGAUGGCACUGUUUCCUCUUCCUCCUGCAAAAUUCACAUGCUGAAAUCAUCUUGAAAAGAACAUGGAAUCUGAAAAGUGCACAACUCACAGGUCCUAUUAACUGGUGACAGAAAAUGUAUUGAGUUCAAGAGAAAUUUGGAAAAAAGUACAAAACCCUUCUAGAAAGGUGUAGUACUGAGAGCAACAGCAUCCAGUUUUCAGGCAUUCAGUAAAGGCUGCUGGAACAGACAAUGUAAAUGAUGAACAAAACAGAACAAUGUGUAAGUCCUGUAGAGUUCAAAGGGUUAAGCAAAA